AUGGCCGCCCCCGUCCUCCAGCUCCCAAACUCCCUCAACCUCCCGCCCCAUCUCUCCGCCCACAAGUACUUCCUCGUAUGUACUCUCACCGUCGCUGCUUGGGACACCCUCGUCCUCUCCCCUCGCACCUGGCGUCUCUGGAAAUCCCCGGGCUGGCCCGCCCUUAAGAUAAUCUUCCACUUCCUCCGCAUCUGGAUGCCUGCAGAGUUCAUUAUAGUCGCGGUUGCCUUCUUUGACACAAAAUGGUCCCAGUCGCGCUGCGAGAGCUUCUAUCUUUUCGAGCCCAUUGCCACCGCUAUUCUCCUCGCUGCUACCUCUGCCGUCCAUGUUAUCCGUAUCCACGCCAUCUAUGACAAGAAUCGUACCGUUCUCGCCGUCAUGUCCGCUCUCUUCGCUAUCCAGGUAGUCGUCACUGGUAUCUGCUGUGGUUUCUAUCGCUCGGUCCCUCUUCUCGAAGGUCAGGGAUGCAUUGCGGGCCCCAAGCACAACUGGGUCGGCAUCUACUGGGUCGCCCCAACCCUCCUCUACAGCGUCUCGCUUGGCCUCGCCCUCAUGCGCUCCAUCCAGUCGCUCCAAUCGCGCCCCCUAAGCCCUUGGAAGCUCAUGCUCCGUGAUGGACUCAACCUUUACGGCGCUAUCUGGAUCGUCAACAUGGCCAACAUGCUCUUCUGGUUCAUCAUCACCCCAACCGGCGAGAGCGACCCCAUCAAGACCAUCGUCACCUCCAUGGCCGCCGUCCUGACCACCUCCAUGACCCUCCGCAUCAUCCUCUCCGUGCGUGGCACCCUCGAGCACGGCGGCUCAUUCGCCCUCUCUGCCAGUACCGGCGGAACGUCCUCGCGCACGACCCACGUCAUCUCUGGUGCGCGCUCGGGCAACCACCCGACGAACAUCUCGACGCACACGCCGCACACGUACACGCUCGACGACCUCCGCUCCAAGCCCGAGGGCGAGUGGGGCACCACCGACGCCGACAACAAGAGCAGCGUCCACGACGAAGCCAUCAAGACCGGCUUCGUCCAGCCUCGCAGCGAUAGCGAUGUCAACGUCGGCGUCAAGAUUACCAUCGAUAGGGAGAUCGGCUAUGACGAUGAGAGCAACGGAUACAGGAAGUAG